UCACACAAACCGUUCACAAACUCACAACACAUGUUGUCAGAGGGUCAACUGGGCCUAUCAGUGAUCAAUGUCCGUCGGACACAGGGUUUAAAGUUUGGACAUAGAAAUUGUAGACGGGCCUUAAUUUGCAGUUUGCACACAUUGAAACAAAAUCCACUUCAAGCUCUCGUCCAUUUGUAACUUGAGUCUGACACCCACUGAAACAAAAUACCAAAACUAAAAACAGACAAUAAUUUCUUAGAACUAAUGUAAGUUAAAAUAGUUUUCAACUUUAUCUUUGUGGAAACCAAAUGGCGAACAUAUGAAAGUUAUUUUAAUAAUCGCUGUUUAAAAUGUACGUGAACACAAUUUACUACACAUUUCCUUAUACCAGUAUCUCCAGAGUGACGACACAAAUUGUUAGAGACAGAUAGAUGCGCAACAUCACAUUAUAGUUACACAAUGUGCUGCAUAAACAUUUUGUAUGCUUGUUGAUCAUGAGCGACGUUGUUAUUUUGAUUACUGGGGCUUCUGGGUUGUUAGGAAGAGCUGCCCACAAGAAAUUUGAAGCUGAAAAUUGUUUAGUGUAUGGAACAACAUGCAGUAGGACAAGGGAGCACCUGCUGCAUCUGGACUUGACGGCCGAGGAGGAGGUGAGGGCUCUGGUGACGCGGCUCAGGCCUGCAGCCGUGUUGCACUGCGCGGCUGUGCGCUUCCCGGACCAAGUGGAUGCUGACCCUGCUGCGGCGACCAGGCUCAAUGUGGAGGCCACCAGGAGCCUGUGUGUUGUGGCGGAUGCGGUGGGGGCGCCGGUGCUGUACAUCAGCACGGACUACGUGUUCGACGGGAAGCAGCCUCCCUACUCGGUGACGGACCUGCCCGGCCCUGUGAACCUGUACGGCCGAACCAAGCUGCUCGGGGAGCAGGCUGCACUCGCCGUGAACCCAGAAACUGACCACAAUGUCGACCUCCGAGUACUCCCAGUCGAAGCGUGUGCGUGUGGCGUGCCGCAGGAGCCGGAGCUGAGCGGAGUGUUCCACUGGAGCGGCAAGGAAGGGCUCACCAAGUACCAGAUGGUCGUGCAGAUGGCAGAGGUGUUGGGUCUGCCUCACUCCCACAUAGAGCCGAACCCCAACCCCCCCACGUCGUCUGCAGUGCCGCGGCCGUACGACACGCGGCUGGACUCCUCGCGGCUGGAGGCGCUGGGUCUGGGUCGGCACACGCCCUUCCGCACGGGCAUCCAGACCGCCGUCCGGCCCUGGCUGCCCUCCGCCUGAGCCACGUGUCAGGGGUUCAGCUCUUACUGGUGUCUGUUGUAUAUCUGUGGAAUGUUUUAUCUACAUACAUAAACAUUU